GUUUCCAGAGGUUCAUAAAAUUUAUUGCUAUUUGAUCAGAACAUCAUCAUCAUUGUUGAAUUUUUCAAGCAUUAAAGAUCAUUUCAGUCUAGAAACUAUGACCAGAUAUUUGAAACUCGUCACAUGGAACACCUGUGGAAUUAGAGACACAAUUUAUGUCCCUGAAAAAAGAACAAAAAUUCUACAAAGGCUGAAUGAACUACAAGCAUCUGUUGCAUUUCUUCAAGAGACACAUAUAGGUGUCAAUGAUGUUAGCCAUCUUGAACAAAUCGAUGGUUGGAAAUCAUAUAUCAGUGUUCAUCAUCCAAGUAGCAAAGGCGUUGCAAUACUGAUAAAAAGAGUUUUAUUAAGAUCGAAACAUUUUGAGUACAUUAAAGAAGAUACAGAGUCUACAGGGAGCUACAUUGUACUUUUCUGCAAAUUAUACGGUAAAUGCUUCACUCUAGUGAAUGUAUAUAACCAUGCAAAAGAACACAAAGUCUUGCAGUGUCUUUCUGAAUAUCUUUGUCAGACUGCAAGAGGUGUCUUGAUAGUUGCAGGGGAUUUCAAUACAGUUCUAAACAUAGAUCUUGACCGGCAGUAUCCAACUGGACAUGGAGAGCCCCUUAGACCAUAUCUGGAGGAAUUCAUCUCAUCUUUAAUGCUUGUAGAUGUCUGGGGACUUAAGAAUUCUUGUAAACGAGAUUCAUUUACUCGUUUUCCGUGGAAACCAUCCAAACAAAACAAACAAAAAAUAUCAAGUCAGAAGAAAAAGAAGAUGGGUGCAUCAAGACUAGACAUGGUUUUCAUGACACGAAAUGAUGUGUGGCUUGCUGAGAACUGUGAAAUAUACCAAGUUCAAAGCAAUAUUUCAGAUCACCUCCCUGUAGUUCUGAGUCUGUGUUUGCCAAAACCAGAGGACACUACAACCGCUCUCUCAAAAGAGCUGAUAGCUUGUUCUAGUAGCCUCUUCCGCAAGAAGCCUUAUACGAGGAUAGCAGGUGAAAUCAGUGAGGCUGAAGUUUUGAAAGCUUUAAUGUCUCUUGUAGAAUAUGAAACCCCACUUGGGGACAAUAUGGAAAACUUUAAGAUUAACAAAGCGCAAAAAACACAAGAACUUAAAAAGCUUUUUAACCAAAUGGUUAUAGAAGGAAUUCCAGAGGGCUUCACUGACAGUGUGAUAGAAAAUGGAAGGCACCUCUUCAGAGCAGAAUACAUGAUACUUGCUACUAUACUUGUUAGGAGAUUGGAAAAGUUUCUUCAGCCCUCAUUUAAAACUAAACCAGUGAAAAUGAGUUACAAGCUCUUCGUUGUUAUUAGCUUUUGUGGGAUGCCUGAAAAUAUCAAAAAGCCUUUUUUACACCUAGCUUUGGAAUCACUGAAGCGCAUCAAACCAUCACCUCCACGUGACUUCAGGAUUGUGGAAAACCUGCUCCCAAACAAUGGCCAAUGUAAAAAGCUUAAAAAAGGCUGCCCACUUACACCGACUCUUUUGACAAUGGCUCUGAAACACCUAGCCUGUAAGCUAAAUAAAGAUUUGAAAGAAUCUGUGGUUGAUGUAUGUCAUCAUAGAAAAUGCAUUACUAUCUAUAUGAAUGCUAACCAAUAUGCCAACCUAAAUCAAAACAUACAGGAAUUUAAAUCACAAUCAGGAAUUCAUCUUUCAAAAAAAGUAGGUCAGGAUAGAAGAAAGCAUUCAAAAGCACAACAGGCUAUGCUAAUGUGCAAGAAAAGUGCAUGAAAAUUUAAGGUUGAUAUGCUGUACAGAAUAGAAAUAAAGUAUAGAGACAAGACAUGGAAUGGAUGGUUAGGAUACAAAUGACUAUAUGCUUAAAAUUGGAAUUCCUUUACCUAAAAGAUUAAAGAAGAUUAUAACAACUGAAAAAGCAGACAACUUAGGAAAAUAAAAGACAUCUAUUGAUUUUUGGAAAGCUUCAGGAAAAAGAUGCCCAUGGUUCCUGAUCACCUGUGUGAACCUGCCAUAGUCCUGCUACAGGGACACAUGAACUUGCAAGGAUGAAAUAUGUCACAGUAAGAACUGGUGGAUCUGAUCGAGUCCAUGAGGAUGAGAAGCUCUGCAGUAUUUAAAGUACCUAGUGGCCACACAACAUACUGUACUCACUUCUCCAACUUUUUAGAAUGACCCUGUCUUUGUUCAUGAACUCAUUAAUUUCUGUUUGUCAAAUGCCUGUGAAACUUGUUCAGUUUAUGUCUUAGUUACUGAAUCUUUUUAACACAAAAUCUAGAAUCUAGUUUAUACAAAUAUUUACAUGUUAAGAAAUGUCCAGGAAGUAACAGCAGUUCAAUGUGAAAGGAUGAGUUUAGCUCACUAGAGGAAAUAAUCAUGUCUCUAUAGAUAUUUAUGUAAUUUUUAAAAAUUAUUUUCUUUCUUAUGUUCUGCUGUCUUGUCUUCACAAGUUAUUUAGAGAUAAGGGAAUGUCCCUAUAAAUGUCUUUAAUGUUAUAAAUAAUUAUGCAUUGCAUUUUAUUUGGUAUGAUAACACUAAGUAAAAAUGUGCUGGUGUAAUACAAAUGUUCAAUAAACUCACUUUAACCAUCA